CCCUUUCCAUUCUCAUAUCUGACCAGGGAUUCAAAUUCCGCCACAAAUAUCGUUAAUCAGCUACACCCAAUCUCACAUCAAACAACCAAUCCCACCUCUCCUAUUCGUCCAUAACCAUACAUCUAGCGUACAUUACUAACCUCUCAAAAACUUCCGCUCUGCCGACUGCAAAGAAUAAAACUCCCUACCAAAUAAUUGUAAUUAUUUUAUUAUUAUUUUGAUCCGCUGUAAAAAAAUGAUUGGCUGAAUCCAACAUAAACCAAAAAGCGAGCUAUUUUUCUGUGUGGGGGAUCUCUUUCUUUUAAACCACAAAUGAUUCUUGGAAGUGAAGGGAGAGCCAAAAACAAAAAGAAAAAAAUUGUGAGGAGUUUGAUUACAUGGUCCUUUUUUUUCUGAUUCGUUUGCUGAAUAUCUGAAAAUCUGGGUGGUUUUUCUUUUUCCUUGGGGGUUUUUUAAGAAAGUGCUGAUCAAAUUGCCUAUCAGCUGAUUUGGAUUUUUCUGGGGGCUGGAUAUUAGCUAUAUUUGUGUUUCAUAUUAGAAAUUUUUUUGAAGCCAAACGAUUGGAACAGCAGCUUCCUUUGGUUGAUUAUAUAUAUGGCUGUGGCAUUUACUCAACUUUCAUGGUGGUUAUGGAGUGGGAAACAUCAAGAUCCUAGAAUUGCUAAUGGAUCUUCUUUAAAUUCUUUGCCAGAUUCCAGUUUAUGGGAAUCGGAUAAUCUGAAUUUUCCACUGGUUAAGACGGCUAAUAUGGCUUCUUCCUCCAGAAGAGUUAAGAGGAAAUGGCAUAGCCGGGAAGAAAGAAAGAUUGAUAGGGAAUAUGAUGUAGUUCUUGUGUCAUCUGAUGGAGGGUGUGUUUCAGGGUCUGAGUCCGAUGGUUCUGAUUACUCUAUUGGAUGGUUGGAGCCUCAUGGACCUGGAUUCCAGAGUGAGGAUGAUUCAGACAACAGUUUUGCCGUGCUGGUUCCAUGUUAUGGGCACAGUCAGGAUAAUAUGAUGGAGGAUUCAAAGAACAACAUUCUUGCUGCUAUUGUGAACAUAUCGGACAAUUUUUCUGCUGAAAGCAAAAAAUAUGUGGAACAGUGGCUCUCGUCUCUGCAGACAAGCUGAUAUCCUGGACCAUUGAAGAUUGCAUAUGAAUCCAUAUUCUGUUGCUCCAUCUGCUGG